UCCAUAAACAGAUUCUGGCUGGGCACCUGUACAAGAUCUUUGAUCUAAACACAAAAAUUGCAAUGGACAACGUCUCCACCAGCUUCGUUCUUCUGGGACUUUCUGAGAUGGAAGGGCUGCGAUAUGUGUACUGUGCUUUUUCUUUUAUCGUCUAUUUAUUCAUAUUGGGUAUGAGUUUUAUGGUCGUGUUUGUGGUCAUGACGGAGCCAAGUCUACAUGAACCAAUGUACAUUCUUAUCUGUAACUUGGUCCUCAAUGGGAUAGUCGGAAGUUCCUCCUUCUUCCCAAAGUUGCUGAUAGACUUGCUCACUUCUUCAAAGAACAUCUCCCGCGAUGCCUGUUUUAUCCAAUUCACUUGUAUCACCAUUUGUGCCUAUUUUGAAAUAGGCACGUUUACCAUCAUGGCAUAUGAUCGGUACCUGGCUGUUUGCCACCCCUUGAGAUACGUCACCUUGAUGACCAAUGACAUGGUCUUAAAGUUUAUCUUAGGAUUCCUAGCAUUCUCAGUGAUGGCCGUCUCAAUUGGUGCAUUUCUUACAGAUCAGCUUCAUUUUUGUGGAACACAUAUUCAAAAUAUCUUCUGUGAUAAGAUGUCACUGUUGGUUUUGUCCUGCACAGAUUCGACAACAAAUAAAGUCCACGGAGAAGCAGUUUGGAGUGUUUACCUGUCCGUGACAGUAUCAGUUAUCAUUUUUUCCUACAUUAAUAUACUUUCAAUUUGUCUCAAACUCUCAAAAGAGUCCCGCAAGAAGGCCAUUCACACCAUGAUGACCCAUUUACUAGGCUUCUCUGUAUUUAUAAUGGGAGUCUUGUUUGUCUUUAUGCGCUAUAGGCUAAACGGUAUUGAUCUCCCUAUCACCGUACAUAGUCUGUUCUCUGUAAUUGGUCUUGUUACCCCUCCACUCUUUAACCCUCUUAUAUACGGAAUACGGACAAAAGCUCUGAAGGUGAAGAUGAUCCAAAAACUGCAGAAAUGUAAUUUGUUGACGACUUUUCGGUACAAUAUUUACAGCCAUAAAUGUCAUGUAAAAACUUUAUUGUUAUGAAACUUGAUGUUGAUCCAGAUUUGGGCUUGAAAAUUACUGUAAAAUGUUAUUUCUUUUGAAAAUUAAGCAGUGGUGAAGAGUUCUAGAGCCAUCAAUCCCAUAAUUAGAACAGUGUGAUUAACGUUUAUUGGCUAAGCAAUAAACUCAAAGUUUUGAAACAGUUCCGGCCUCAAGCAUUGAACAGUACACAAAAAUAAUUAUACUUUAUAGACACUGUAACGGUCAGGGGUAAACGCCGUUUACGAUAUUCCAUUCCACCAACCC